AUGAAAUAUACAUGCAAGGAAAAAGUUAAUAUUGAUGACCAGAAAGAAUCCCGUCAUGUUAUUUCCGAAAGCAAUGCUCUCGUAGCUGAUAUAUUCGGAAUUGGUUUUACUAAAGAUUUCACAAAUUCAAUAAUAGCAAAGUUUAAAAGCGAUGAAAUUGGUAACACCUGCAACAAUGAUAUUUUGAUAUUGAAAUAUGGAGCCAUGCAGUACGAGAAGUAUGGUGAUACUCAAAACGAGUUAAUAAGACAAACCAUGAGGCAGCUAGCUCGUUUAGUUAUAUCCCUUAAGAAAUUAACUAACAGUAGGUCGCAAACGCUUGGCGAUUUUCUGGUUCCUGAGAAAUUCGAUGUGGUUGUUCAAGCAACUAAACACAUUAGUCUGACCAUGGCAGCUAGUAGUAACUGUAGACCAGAAUUUCAUACUCCGAGUUUAGCUUUAAAAUUGGGUUAUGCUCUUAAGAAAUGUGUGGCUAUUCAGAGAGGCACUGCUUUAAGAGCAGGAAAUAUGAAAAAAAACAAGUCAUUGUUAUCAUUCCUUCAGCUGAUGAAAAUGGAAUGGAGCAUACGAAUAUCUUCCAAUGCUAUAUCCACACUUUACCGAAGAAAAUUGAAUUCCACUCAACUUUUACCAAUUACGACCGAUUUAGUGAAACUUAGUAAUUAUAUCGAUACAAACAUGUUAAAGGCUAAACAAGAAUUAAUACAAGACUACACUAAUAAUUAUAAGUGGACACGGCUUGCAACGUUAACUUUAUCUAGAAUAAUAUUGUUUAAUAAACGCAGAUCGGGUGAAGCAGCAAAAAUGAAGCUAACUGAUUAUAUUUCCCGACCAACUUGGGCAGAGCAAAAUACGGACGAAAUAAAAAAUUCUCUCACAAUAAUCGAAAAAAAACUGGCAGAGUCAUUGACAGUAGUGGAAAUUGAAGGGAAACGUGGCAAAAAGGUCCCAGUAAUCCUAACUCCAAAUACGAAACAAUGUAUUGAUAUUUUGAUUCAACUUAGAGUUACAUGUGGUAUUUCAAGUCAUAAUGUAUACGUUUUCGCCAGAUCUAAUCCAUCUAGUUCAAAUCUUAAGGGGCAUGAUUGCUUGAAAAAAAUAUGUGAAGAAAUUGAUUUGCAGAAUCCUUCAGCAAUAACGGGAACAAAGUUGCGUAAAUAUGUAGCAACUGUAUGUCAACUAUUUGACAUGUCAGAAAAUCAAUAUGACUGGUUAGCUCGUCACUUAGGUCAUGACAUCAAAGUACAUCGUGAUUUUUACAGAAUGCACGAAAGUGCGAUUGAACUCACCAAAGUAAGUCGAUUGCUUAUAGCUGUUGAUAAAGGUGAAGUGAACAAGUUUGCUGGAAAAUCUAUUGACGAAAUAGAAAUUAAAGAUCUGCCUACUUUAGAAGAAGAUGAGGAAGAAGAACCAGAAGAUGAACCGGAAGGUGAAGCAGGAAUUGAUAAUGAUGAAAAUGUUCAGACCAUUCACAAAACAAAAUUAACCAAAGCAAAAAAGUCUAAAAUGAUUUCCAGAGGUCCAGUUCCAUGGACGAAUCAAGAAAAGGAAGCCGUCUGCAAUUAUUUUAAACUUAAUAUUAAGAAGGGAAUUGUACCAAACAAAAAGAAUGUGAGAAAUGCAUUGAACUACAUCCCAUAUUAG